GUGUGUGUGUGUGUGUGUGUGUGUGUGUGUGUGUGUGUGUGUGUGCGUGCGUGCGUGCGUGCGUGCAUGUGUGUGUCUGUGUGUAUUUACCUAGUUAUGUUUUAUAGGAAAAGAGCUAUGCUCAUGCUGUCCUCUCUAUAUACCUAUAGUGGUCCAGUUUAGCCUCAAAGUCAUGAAUAUUUAUUGCUUGAACUACUGUUUCACCAAAACUGUUCCAUAUUUCUAUGCUUCUGUUUGGUUAAUUAUGUUUUGUAAUGUCUCUCCUAUAUGUUUUUUUUUUUUUUUUUCAUGCCGUGUCCCCUUGUAUUUCUUGAGUCUCACACCACUAAGUCUUCUUGGUCAAUUGUGUCCAUCCUCUUCCAUGCACUGUAUAUAGCAGUUAGGUCUCCUCUUUCUCUGCUCUGUGUAUUUACUUAGUUAUAUUAACCUGGUUGUGAAAUACAGGAUAGGCCACAAUAUACUAUGUCCAUACUGUCCCAUCUCCAUAUUGACUAUUAUCUAAAUUUUCUUUUAACCCUUUUAGUAUUGGCAUGCAUUUUUUACUAAGAGUUUUGGCUAUGAUUAGACCAUUUUACUGACAUUAGGAAGGGCCUAAAGAGGUCAGAAGUUUCAUGGCCAGUCUUCACUAUUUUAAUCCUCACAUAAGUUUCUGUGGCUGUAUAAAAUCACCAAAUAGUAAGCAGAAUGAAUAUGGAAAUGCUUCAUGGUACUGAAGGAGUUAAAUUCAUCAAGAAAUUCAUUCCAUACUAUUACUAUAUAUACUUCUAUAAGGAUAACUAUGUUUCUUGAUGUCUCUCCAGCAAAUACCCCUUUUCAAUUUAUUUUCAUAUCAUCUGGUACCUCUCAUAUCUGGUAUCAACUUCUCUGUCUCUUCCAAUAUCCUACAUAAUAAAUCAAAUCACCUCUUUUCCUUCAUAAGUAUACCAUCUUUGGUUUGUGGGGAUUUUAGUUGCAGCCCUCUGAAUUCUUUCUAGCUUCCUCAUAAACUUCUUCUAACUUGGUGAUUAAUGCUGAAUACUCCAAUCUUGGAUGUGUUCUUUUUGUCAUAUUUUCAUCAAUAUAGGUGAGUGAAGUCAUAUUUUCCUGCUUCUCAGCAUAUCAUAUGUUUCUCCAAUGAUUUUAUUAAUGUAUUUCUCAAAUAACAGUUUAUUAGAAAUGGAUACUCUCAGAUUUUCUUCUAUUCUUAUAAAAAUUUCUUCAUUUCCCAAAUAGUAAUUGCCUUCUGUUCUCAACAUCUUAAUGAGCAUCAUCAUCAGAGAUUCCUGUAGCUUGUUACACCUUCCUUUCUAUUGUCUACAUAUUUGUAUGUAUUGCAAACAAAACUGGCACUAGAACCAAUCCUUGUGAAACUCCACUACUCGCCCAAGUGACUGCACCUAAUUGCCACUCCAUUUCAACUUAUUGCUCCUGAAUAGUCCUCUUUUCUCUGUCCCUCAAAAAGUCAGUCAUCUAUUUUAAUAGUGAUCUUUCCAAUCCUCCAAUAUUUUCUAAUUUCCAUAUUAAUAAUUUGUACAGUACUUUAUCACUUUUUUUUUUCUUUUUGUCCAAUUAUACAUAUGCAGGCAGCACAAUGUCUAUUACUUAUGAGUUGAAGCUUAUCAGAUUUGUUACACAAGAUCUUCCUUCUCUGAAUCCAAAUUGCCUCUCAGUAAGUAUAUUGUUUGCCAGAUAUUUCACCCACCUGUUUUUGAUGAUCAUUUACAAAUCAAAUUUUUACUAUGACACUUGUCAGCAAUACUCACUGAUCUUUAGUUUAUAUAGCUUAGUCUAUAGUUAUUUGUACCAAAGUUUUUUUUUUCCAACACUUUGUUUGCCCUUGGCCAGUGCCCUUGUAAUGUAAAAAAAAAAAACUAGAAAUGCUUCUAAAGAUGUGAUCUACAACUUGAGCAUAAUAGUAUUGUGUAGUGUAAGAGUUCUCAACUUGGGGUUUGUGAACCCCCAGAGUUUCACAAGAUUUCCAAAAGUACUUUGAUGGCUGAUCCAAUAAUAUCCUUUGCAGUACCAUUGCAUAUUGAGUUAGUGUCAGUCACUAAAUUAACAUUCUGUUUGAUGGCAGCUUUCUCGGGUGGGGCUUCGGGUAAAUGGUUUUAUAACUUAAGGGAUUCUUAACAAGAAAAGGUUGAAAACCCCCACUGUAUUGUAUUAAACUACACUCUAACCUGUGGGGAUUUUGUUUACUAGACUACACUCUAACCUGUGGGGAUUUUGUUUACUAGACUACACUCUAACCUGUGGGGAUUUUGUUUACUAGAGACAAUAAAAGUACUCACCAAUUAUGAAGUGCUUCCAACAGACCCUCAAGAUUUCAGCACCUGCCACUCAGACUCCGGAGACCUCACCCACAGUACCCAGUAACCACAGUCAGACGUCCAUGAACAUUGGAGUGCCUCCGGUGUACGCUUGUACCUUUUAGGCCGUAUUCAGAAAAGCCUUCUUUUCUCAUUAUAAUUUUCCAAGACCACAGAUACAACAAGCUGGACUUUCAAGACAGUUUCUCCUUUAAAUAAACCAAGAAUCUUGCCAAUAUAUCACCAAAACCAUAAAAAUACUCUUCAAGACACAAGCAUCUUGAACUGGAGCCUCUGGAAAUCACGGAUGGUGAGAGAGCAGUGUUUAAGAAUACGUGCCUUUGUCUUGCGGCUUCAGUAUCAGGUACAAGCUGAAGGACGUUCGUUCACCCCCGGAACUCGGGGUCGGCGCAUGCUGUGCUUGAAGAUGUCGGAAGUGGGCCGGCUAUCUGAAGGUAGCCGAAGAGUUACCAUGGAGGAAUUAGCCUCUACCUCUCACCCCGUGGUCGGCAGAGCAGUGGAGGUCAUGAUGUCUCAGCCUCAGAAGUUUAAUGGAACUGCUAAUGACUUUAUAGAUUGGUUCAAAGGCAAAAAAUUUGAAAAGGUUGUACUUCCUGGCAACAAGACAUGGAUCCCAAAGCAACCCUCAUCAGAAGAGUAUUUCCUACCUCCUGUGGCAGAAUCAGUUCGACAAGAACAGGGAAAGGCAUAUGCGCUCCAUUACCAAGAAGAGUUCCUUCGUGAUGUGGAGAUAAGUAUUGAACAGCGGAUCAGAAAACGGACUCAUGCAGUUUCUAAAACUUUGAAUGAUGAUGACUCUGUAUCUGAAGGAAAUACUGGAGAUGCUGGGAAGGCACAUGUUUUCCUACAUUAUGACUUUACUACCAAAAGACGAGAAUCAUCACUACCAAUUUUCAGUGUCGAAAAAGAAAUACUGGAGAAAAUUACCUACUAUCAAGUGGUUGUUAUUGAGGGAGAAACUGGAUGUGGCAAAUCAACUCAGGUUCCCCAGUUUAUUCUUGAUGAAGCUGCAGACAAACAUCAGUAUUGCAAUAUUAUUGUCACUCAACCUCGCAGGAUUGCUGCAACAUCCUUGGCACGUAGAGUGUGUAAAGAAAGAGGCUGGCAGCUUGGAAAGCUUGUUGGGUACCAGGUUGGAUUGGACUCUUGUAAAGAUAAAGACACCCGUCUUCUUUAUGUAACUACCGAGACUUUGGUGCAGAAACUUGUCCAUCAACGCAAGCUUGAUGCCUUUACACACAUCAUUCUUGAUGAAGUACAUGAAAGAGACCACCAUACUGAUUUUGCCCUGCUGAUCAUCAAGAAGCUCAUGCACACAGUUUCUCCUUCUGUUAAGAUCAUACUGAUGUCAGCCACAAUCAAUGCUUCCAAGUUUGCUCAGUAUUUUGCCACUCCAGUCCUGGGCACCCUUCUUCCUGCACCUGUUGUGUCUGCAGGAGAUGAAACUGUGCAUGCUGUGCAGACAUACUAUUUGGACUCUCUUUUUAAUAUGUGCCAAAAAAAGCCUGAUGUGUUGCCUUGCCUUCCCACAAUUGAUCCUGAUAAUCCAGGAGUGUCAGAAGAAAUGUUUAAGCUUGCCGUUGAGAUGGUGAAGUGUUUUGAUGAUUUAGAGAGACAAGAACAUGAAAUCAGCUCCAAAGAAUUCUUCCAAAAUAGAGGAGCAGUCCUUGUGUUUCUUCCAGGUUUGGCAGAAAUUGAGCAGCUUGUGAAUAUGUUGGCUAAAGAAGCUUCAAAAUAUCAGUGGCAGCUCUACCCCCUACAUUCGACCAUUACUAAAGAAGAACAGCAAAAUGUCUUCCUUGUACCCCCGCCCGGUUUUCGGAAAAUCAUAAUUUCUACAAAUAUUGCUGAGAGUUCUAUAACAGUACAAGACAUAAAAUAUGUGAUUGAUUUCUGCCUAACUAAAGUGCUGACUUGUGAUGAGAUAACCAACUACACUUCAUUGAAGCUUGCCUGGACAUCCAAAGCUUCAUGCAAACAGAGAGCAGGGAGGUGUGGGCGAGUGUCCUCAGGCAGAGUAUACUGCCUAGUUCCUAAACAAUUUUAUGAGACUUUGCCAGACUAUGCCUCACCGGAGAUGUGCCACACUCCUCUUACCCAGGUGAUACUGAAGGCCAAAGUGCUUGACAUGGGUGAGCCUCAUUCCAUCUUAGCUUUGGCUCUGGAUCCUCCUGACAUGGGUGACAUUUGUCGUACAAUCUUGAUUCUGAAGCAGAUGGGAGCUUUAUCGGUCACAGCAAGUGGAUGCAGAUCUCAUCUUGAUGGUGAUAUGACAUACUUAGGGAAGGUCAUAGUUCACCUGCCAAUAGAUCCAUAUCUGGCAAAGUUGAUUGUAAUGGGUCACAUCAUGGGUUGCCUCAGAGAGUGUAUUAUCAUUGCUGCAAGCUUGUCUUUGAAACCCUUCCAUGCUCGACCUUUCCAAGAUGAACUCAAUGCCUUCCUCUCCAAAGUAUCUUGGGCAUAUGGAUCUUUCUCAGACUGUCUGGCUGUUCUCAAUACCUAUGAUGUUUGGCAGGGUAUGCAGAGCAGAGGUGAAUUUCUUCUACCUGGUGGCAAGGCUGAAAAAGAAUGGGCAAAGCAUAGCUAUGUACAACUGAGCACUCUUCAAGAUGUGCACAAGCUAGUGGAAGAGCUUACAGAACGUCUCAAGAAGCUGAAAAUUGUUGUUCAGGCCCAUCGCAGCACUCCAAGAAAGGAUCAAACGCUUAUAUUGAAGAUGUGUAUGGCUGCAGCUUUCUUCCCAAAUUACUACAGAAGAACUGUGCCUGAAGAUUAUCAGCGCGAGGUGUGUAGAGAGCUCAGGGGAAAUGAUCCCUUCAGAACAGUUAUUCUCAGAGGCCUUCCUGCAGCAACAAAUAUCAUCUAUGAUCAACAGAUUAGAAAUUUAUUUAAAGAAUGCUCUCAGAAUCUUGUCAUCAGCUAUGAAGGAGCUAAGGCAUACAUUCAAUUCCCAAAUCUGGAUGGUUCUCGUGUGAAAGAGGAACACUUCCAGAGCAUUCCUGGAAGCUGUCCCACUACCAUGCAUCUAGCUUUGAAGAUGAAACAGGUGCCAAGGAUCAACCAAAACUUAUACAUAACUCUGAUAAGUCCAGAGGAAUCUGAACAGCAACUUCAAGGAAUUCUGGGUCACAGCAGUGACCAAUACAGUACUACUCAACUAUUGGGUUCUGAGAGCUCAAAGGCUCCAAGACAAACCCUAGGAAACCUUGCUGUUAGAGUCACACAGCCAACCAGCAAUUGCCUGAAGCCCCCAGAGUUACCCCAUGCUGCAAACCACACUUGGGAUAUUUAUGUUACCCAUGUGGUUUCAGCUGGACACUUUUGGGUAAUUUCAAGUGAGAGCAGCAACCUCAAUAACCUGAAGUAUAUGGAGGAAAUCAUCAUGGCUUCAGUACAGGAAUUCACUCCAGUAUUACUUCCUGUGGUAACUCCUGGAUUUGUCUGUCUUGCUCCAUUUACAGAUGUUCAAGGGAUGCAAGCUUACUAUAGAGCCAGACUAGAGGAUGUAUUUCCUUCACAUGAUAAAAAACUCAAGACAAUGGUUUUCUUUGUGGAUUAUGGAAAUAGUGAAAUUGUAGAUGCUUCAGAUUUAAGACUCCUGCCGAAAAGACUUCGAGAAAUAAAGAUGUUGGCAGUGGAAUGUAUGCUGGCAGAGGUGAAACCAAUUGCUAAAUAUUCAGAUGGAUCAUGGAGUCCAGAUGCUACUAAAUGGCUUCAAAAGUAUGCUCUCAAUAAGAAAUUCACUGUUCAGAUAUAUAGUGUUGUAAAUGGAGUGCUUCGAGUGAAACUGCUAGGAAGGGAAAAUGGCAAGUUUAUCUCUAUCAAUCAAAAACUUAUCUCUAUGGGACAUGCUGUCAAGGCAGAGGAAUUCUAUCUGUCAAAGCAAAAUCAUGAACUGAGAGCAAUAUACAGCAGUGAAAUAGAGGUCCCAGAACAUGAUGAAAAUAUUAAUACAUCAGCUCUUUCAUCUUACUCAUUCAACCAAUCAAGCUCUGAUUUAGAAUGUUCUACAAAGGUAAAACUCAGAGGCCCUGACUCUCCUCUGCUUUUAAGGUUUGUUGCCCUGACACCGAGUGCAAGCUCUAAGUUAGUGAGAGUGGAAACUUCUUCAGUAAACUCAACAGCCCUUGAUCUCGAGCCACAAAAUCCCCAUGAAAGACUUCUUAUUGCUGGGAAUGUGACUUUGAACCAAUCAGCUUCCACAGCAACCCUUCACAAUACGACCCUCAUGCCUUCUAUCCCAGGAAUGCUGCCAAUAUGUAUCCUCUUGUUCUGUCCAGUGGCAGAAAUGAGAGUAAACAGGACAGGAUCCCAUUACACUGGUGUACUGGUUGGUUUAGGAUGUGAUGAAAGAACAGGCCAGGUGAUUUAUCCUGCUGAUGAUAUUGAAGUUGCAUUUGAUAUUGACAUCACACAAGAAGAUCUGAUGUUGAUAAACAAGAUUAGAUUUUUGCUCAAUGUUGUGCUGGAGGAGGCUGAGUAUAUAUCAGGAGCUACUUUAAUCUCAACCCAAAAGAAUCUACACAAACUUAUCCUCAGGUUACUGGAUGAGAAAAGGGGAUACAAAGAACCAGAGCCAUAUCAUUUUCCUUAUCGCUGGAACAAGGUGCCACAGGAAGAUCUACUUUAUCCAGAAGUUGGUGGAGCAUUAGAUGAUGUUGAAAGGUCAGCAUUUCCCCUUCAUAGAGGAAUAUGUCUUCGUCCUGACAACAUUGCCAAGACAUCCUAGAUUAUUUUAUAAACCUGUGCUGAAGGUAAUUGAACCUAAAAUUCAGUUAUAAUGUGUUUUUUUGUAUCUUAGUGCAUGUGUGAUUUACUAACCUAGAAAUAUACCUACCUUCAUCUAGUGAAAUAUAAAUAACAUGAAGUGAGCUCUUUUAUUUGGCAUUAUGAAUUUGAGGAUACAUUUCUUUAAGCACUUGUUAAUGUUAAACAGGAGGAUUUGUUAUAUCUUGCAUUGCCUAUUCUAUUUUUUGAAUAUGAAUUGAUAUUUUCCGUUUAAGAAUAAUAUUUGUAGUUUCUCUCUCUCUCUCUCUCUCUCUCUCUCUCUCUCUCUCUCUCUCUCUCUCUCUCUCUCUCUCUCUCUCUCUCUCUCUCUCUCUCAAGGAAAUUGUCAUUUUCAAAUUUUGUCUGAUAUUCUUGUAUAUAUUAUGUUAAGGUAUCCAGAGAGAUUUUUUCAUAAUUAUUUACUUCAGUUUGAUAAGUCAAUACUUUAGAUAUGUUAGAUGAAAUGUUGGAAUUUUCUUGUGUUGAAUGUUUUAGAAAAAUUGAUAAUUUAACUUUUCUGGAUUUGAAUUCAAGUGUUUAAACAACAAAAAACUCAUGAAUCUCACAUGACUUGGGUAUCCAGCAUUGUGUAACUAUUGAGAAAGUUAAUUAAUUUUUUAUUUCAUAUUGUCCACUAAUGUGCAGAAAUUGCUAGUUAAAUUAUUUCCCUAUAGUUCUCUUUGUGUGAUUAUUGAAAUUGCUAUUUGUUCUCUAUGUAUUGUAACUAUUCUCACUUACCAAGGUCUAAAUUAUCUUCUUUAUUAAAAGAAAUAUACAGCUUUUGUUUGUGGAAUCAGUAUUUCAGAAAUAUUAUUUUUGAUUGAUAUAAUGGAAAGUAGUGUAGUUUGUUUAGUGUUAUCAUUAUGAUUUGCCAGCACAUACAUCCAUGAGCAGAAUCAGUAUUAUAGAUUUUUAUAGCGUAGUGAAAAGUGUUUAUUCUCACAUAGCACUGAUGUUUGUUUGACUUUUACCCUUUUUAUUUUUUUAUGUAUGAAAUGUGGCAUACAGUAAAAUGGAUAGAUAACCAAGGCAGUGAUUCUGAAGAUUAUUUAGAAAUCUGUUUUACAUUGUGUGAUAUGAGUUUGGUAAGAUGGGCUGUAAGUUCCUGAAGACCUCAAAAUGUGCUUGUGGUGUGUGCUGGGGAAGUAUACAGUGAUAAACUACUUCUGUGUA